CGUGCCACAGCAACACUGUAACUGUUGACACCUCACUUACCUUUUAGACAGCAAAAACCAAACAACAUUUUAUUCUCAUUCAUUCUAUGAACGUUACUCUGAGAUUUGAGUGACUCACUUUUCGUUUCGUGCGUUAAAUAUUCCGUUUUCUUUCUGCCACCAAAAUCUAUCCGCUCUCUUUACAGAAUGGCAGUUUGCAUAUUAACGGUGGCACAGGACGGAACCGCCGAUUUCCGAACGGUGCAGGAGGCAAUCGACGCCGUGCCGCUCGGCAACACUUGCCGGACGGUCAUUCGUAUCUCGCCGGGAAUCUACCGCCAACCCGUCUACGUCCCCAAGACCAAGAAUUUCAUCACUUUCGCCGCUCUCAGUCCCGAGGACACUGUGCUCACAUGGAACAACACUUCAUCCGGAAUUGAUCACCACCAACCUGCGAGGCUGAUUGGGACCGGGACGUUUGGUUGUGGAAGUAUCAUUGUGGAAGGGGAGGACUUUAUUGCUGAGAACAUUACUUUUGAGAAUUCUUCUCCUCAGGGUUCAGGGCAAGCAGUUGCAAUUAGAGUAACGGCAGAUCGAUGUGCCUUCUACAAUUGCAGGUUCCUUGGAUGGCAGGACACACUGUACUUGCAUUAUGGUAAACAAUAUUUGAAAGAUUGCUACAUUGAAGGAAGUGUGGACUUCAUCUUUGGUAAUAGCACUGCCCUUUUGGAGCACUGUCACAUCCACUGCAAGUCUGAAGGCUUCAUAACCGCACAGGGCAGAAAAUCAUCUAAGGAAACAACUGGUUAUGUAUUCUUGAGAUGUGUUAUCACAGGUAAUGGAGGAAAUUCAUAUGCAUGCCUUGGACGACCAUGGGGACCUUUUGGAAGGGUGGUCUUUGCAUACACGUACAUGGAUCAAUGUAUAAGGCAUGAUGGCUGGGAUAACUGGGGGAAUGUGGAGAAUGAGAGAAGUGCUUGCUUUUAUGAAUACAGGUGUUUUGGACCUGGUUGCUGUCCAUCGAGACGAGUAACAUGGUGUAGAGAAUUGUUGGAUGAAGAAGCUAUGCAGUUCCUCUCGCAUCCUUUCAUUGAUCCAGAACCAGAGAAACCUUGGCUGGCUCAAAGGAUGGCCCUCAGGAUUCCAUAUUCUGCUUGAAAAUUACUGAGGACAUUUAAUGAGAAUGUUCCAAACAGUCAAUCACACAGUUUAUACGAUUAUCUUGUUGGCUUAAGAAAAUAUGCCAUGUUUUCAUCCGUGAAGUGUUAGUGAUGAAUUGGAAGUGCUAUUUGGUGCGUUUUCCUUCAUCGAAGAAUUUUGAGUGUGUAAUAAAUAGAAUAAUAAGAGCUUCAGUUCCAAAAUAUAGUGGUUUCCAUUGUAGGAAUUCAUUAUUGAGACUCAAUUUUAAAUAUUUUGCAAAAUCAAUCGAGGCCAGAAAAUGGGCAUUCGGAUCA